CGCCCUCGACUCUCCGCGCACGUACUCGCUCAUGGAUGAUAUUUCAAAGAUUUCUAUAUGAAUUGUGAUUAUUUCUGAACUCUAAUCUCAUCAAGUGCUUGAUUGUUAUGAUUUUGUUUCCGAACGGCCGGUACGGGAACAAUUAUUCGAGUGUUAGUGCCGUGGGAUUGAAUCUGGUACUCUGGCCGUAAGGUCACUUGUGAUAUUUUGUGUGUGCCGACGAGUUUAUGUGUAAAACUGUGCUGAAAGAGCAUUCCCGGACUCUUAGCAUAAGAUCUUUGAGCGUGGCGUGGUAAGGCAUCGUCGGUCAAGAUGACGACCGACAUAUCGGUCUCCAGGUGGGACCCGUCCAUUGGCCACGGCCAGGAGAUCAUCGAUGACUUCGAGUACGACGGCGGCAACUCGUCGUCGAGGCUUUUCGAACGAUCGCGCAUCAAGGCGCUAGCAGACGAACGAGAGAGUGUACAGAAGAAGACUUUUCAAAAAUGGGUGAACUCACAUUUGGUGCGCGUGGGGUGCCGCAUCGGCGAUCUCUAUGUGGACAUGAGGGAUGGCAAGAUGCUCAUCAAACUUCUCGAGGUCCUCUCUGGAGAGAGACUGCCUCGUCCAACGAAAGGCAAGAUGCGAAUUCAUUGCCUGGAAAACGUAGACAAGGCGCUGCAGUUCCUGCGAGAACAGCGCGUACACUUAGAGAACAUGGGCUCUCAUGACAUCGUGGACGGAAACCCGAGGUUAAAUCUCGGACUCAUUUGGACCAUUAUUCUGCGCUUCCAGAUUCAAGACAUCACUAUCGAAGAGACAGAUAACAAGGAAACAAAAUCCGCAAAAGACGCCCUGCUGUUAUGGUGUCAAAUGAAGACAGCCGGCUACAAUAACGUGAACGUCCGCAACUUCACCACCUCGUGGCGAGACGGAUUGGCCUUCAACGCCAUCAUUCACAAACACAGACCUGAUCUCAUUCAGUUUGAGAAGCUUCACAGGAGCAACCCUAUACAUAACUUAAAUAAUGCCUUCAACGUUGCAGAGGAAAAACUUGGACUUACAAAAUUGUUGGAUGCCGAAGACAUCGCCGUGGACCAUCCCGACGAGAAGUCGAUCAUCACGUACGUGGUGACGUACUACCACUACUUCAGCAAGAUGAAGCAGGAGACCGUGCAGGGCAAGAGGAUCGGCAAGGUCGUCGGCAUCGCCAUGGAAAACGAGAAAAUGAUGCAGGAAUACGAGUCGCUCACCAGCGACCUUCUGCAGUGGAUCGAGCGCACGAUCGACGCUCUGGGCGACAGGACGUUCGCUAACUCGUUGGAAGGCGUGCGCCAACAGCUCAUUCAGUUCGCUAAUUAUCGCACCGUCGAAAAGCCGCCCAAGUUCGUGGAGAAAGGCAACCUGGAAGUGCUGCUGUUCACGCUGCAGUCGCGCAUGCGCGCCGCGAACCAGAAGCCGUACACGCCCAAGGAGGGCAAGAUGAUCCACGACAUCAACCGCGCCUGGGAGCGGCUCGAGAAGGCCGAGCACGAGCGCGAGCUCGCGCUGCGCGAGGAGCUCAUCCGCCAGGAGAAGCUGGAGCAGCUCGCCGCCAGGUUCAACCGCAAGGCGCAAAUGCGCGAGACCUGGCUGUCGGAGAACCAGCGCCUGGUGAGCCAGGACAACUUCGGCUUCGACCUGGCGGCGGUGGAGGCGGCCGCCAAGAAGCACGAGGCCAUCGAGACCGACAUCUUCGCGUACGAGGAGCGCGUGCAGGCCGUCGUGGCCGUGUGCUCGGAGCUGCAGGCGGAGAGGUACCACGACAUGGAGCGCGUGUCGGCGCGGCGCGACAACGUGCUGCGCCUGUGGGCCUACCUGCUGGAGCUGCUGCGCGCGCGCCGCGCCCGCCUCGAGCUCUCGCUGCAGCUGCAGCAGAACUUCCAGGAAAUGCUGUACAUCCUGGACUCGAUGGAAGAGAUGAAGCUGCGUCUGCUGACGGACGACUACGGCAAACACCUGAUGGGCGUCGAGGACCUGCUGCAGAAGCACGCGCUGGUCGAGGCCGACAUCAACGUUCUAGGAGAACGCGUCAAGGUGGUGGUGGGCCAGUCGCAGCGGUUCCUGGAACAGGAGGAGGGCGGCUACCGGCCGUGCGAUCCGGCCAUCACGGUCGAGCGCAUCCAGCAGCUGGAGAACGCCUACGCCGAGCUCGUGCACCUGGCGGUGGAGCGCAGGAAGCGCCUGGAAGACAGCCGCAAGCUGUGGCAGUUCUACUGGGACAUGGCCGACGAGGAGAACUGGAUCAAGGAGAAGGAACAGAUCGUCUCCGUAGACGACAUCGGCCACGACCUGACGACGGUGUACUUGCUGGUGUCCAAGCACCGCGCGCUGGAGGCCAGCGCGCACGCGCACGAGCCGCAGCUCAUGGCCGUGGCCGCCGUCGGCGACGAGCUGGUCUCGCAGGGCCACUUCGGCGCGGAUCGCAUCCAGGAGCGACUCCGGGACAUCCUGUCUCAGUGGAACCACCUACUGGACGUGGUGUCGCUGCGCAAGCACCGACUGGACGCCGCCGUGCGCUACCAUCAGCUGUUCGCUGACGCUGACGACAUCGACAACUGGAUGCUUGAUACGCUCAGACUGGUGUCGUCCGAGGACACGGGCGUCGACGAGGCGCAAGUGCAGAGCCUGCUGAAGAAGCACAAGGACGUGACGGACGAGCUGAAGAACUACGCCAACGUCAUCCAGCAGCUCAAGCAGCAGGCCAGCGAGCUGAGCCCCGAGGACGCCAACAGCGCCGAGGUGCGCGAGCGCCUGGCCGCCAUCGACGCGCGCCACGGCGAGCUGGUGGAGCUGGCGCGCCUGCGCAAGCAGCGGCUGCUGGACGCGCUGUCGCUCUUCAAGCUGCUGGCCGAGGCCGACGCCGCCGACCAGUGGAUCGCCGAGAAGGACCGCAUGCUGGACACCAUGCUGCCGCCCAAGGACAUCGACGACGUGGAGAUCAUGAAGCACAGGUACGACGGCUUCGACAAGGAGAUGAACGCGAACGCGUCGCGCGUGGCCGUGGUCAACCAGCUGGCGCGGCAGCUCAUCCACGUGGAGCACCCGCAGGCGCCGGCCAUCCAGGAGCGGCAGCAGGCGCUCAACAACGCCUGGACCAGGCUCAGGGAAAAGGCGGAGUCGAAGAAGGACGAGCUGAAAUCGGCGCAGGGCGUGCAGACGUUCCACAUCGAGUGCCGCGAGACCGUCUCGUGGAUCGAAGACAAGAAGAGGAUCCUGCAGCAGACCGACAACCUGGAGAUGGACCUGAACGGCGUGAUGACGCUGCAGCGGCGCCUGUCGGGCAUGGAGCGCGACCUGGCCGCCAUCCAGGCGCGCAUCUCGUCGCUGGAGAGCGAGGCCAGCGCCAUCCAGGACACGCACCCCGAAGAGGCGCAGCUCAUCCGCGAGCGGGUGCAGCAGAUCACGCACAACUGGGACCAGCUCACGCAGAUGCUCAAAGAACGCGACUCGAAGCUGGAGGAGGCGGGCGAUCUGCACCGCUUCCUGCGCUCCGUCGACCACUUCCAGGCCUGGCUCACCAAGACGCAGACCGACGUGGCUUCCGAAGACACGCCGUCGAGUCUGCCGGAGGCGGAGAAGCUGCUGUCGCAGCACCAGACCAUCAAGGAGGAGAUCGACAACUACCGCGACGAGUUCGCAAAGAUGAUGGAGUACGGCGAGAAGAUCACUGCCGAACCGUCCACUCAAGACGACCCACAGUACAUGUUCCUGCGCGAGCGCCUAAAGGCACUUCGCGAGGGAUGGGCUGAACUACAGCAGAUGUGGGAGAACCGCCAGCAGCUGCUGACGCAGAGCCUGGAGCUACAGCUUUUACAACGCGACGCCAGACAGGCCGAAGUGCUGCUGUCGCAUCAGGAACAUCGGUUAGCGAAGACAGAGCCGCCAACAAACUUGGAGCAAGCCGAAAACUUGAUCAAGGAGCACGAGGCCUUCCUCACGACGAUGGAGGCCAACGACGACAAAAUCAACUCCGUGGUGCAAUUCGCCAACCGCCUCGUUGAAGAGCGCCAUUUCGACGCCGACAAGAUCCAACGCAAAGCCGACAGUAUUGAGCAGAGACGCAACGCCAACAAGGAGAAGGCUCAGCAGCUCAUGGAAAAGCUUCAAGAUCAACUACAGCUCCAUCAAUUCCUACAAGACUGCGAUGAACUCGGCGAAUGGGUGCAGGAAAAGAAAGUCACCGCCGAGGACGAUACCUACCGCGAUGCCAAGACUAUUCACUCGAAAUGGACCCGCCACCAGGCAUUCGAGGCCGAAAUUGCUGCUAACAAAGAACGUCUAUUCGCCGUCCAGAACGCUGCUGAGGAACUGAUGAAACAGAAGCCCGAAUUCGUCGAAAUCAUCUCGCCCAAAAUGGCCGAGCUCCAAGAUCAGUUCGAGAACCUCCAAACUACUACAAAGGACAAGGGCGAGCGUCUGUUCGACGCGAACCGCGAGGUCCUCUUACACCAAACUUGCGACGACAUUGACUCGUGGAUGAACGAACUCGAGAAACAAAUCGAGAACUCCGACACCGGCACUGAUCUGGCGUCUGUAAAUAUUCUCAUGCAGAAGCAACAGAUGAUCGAGACUCAGAUGGCUGUGAAAGCGAAGCAGGUUACCGAACUCGAAACGCAGGCUGAGUAUCUGCAGAAGACGGUGCCUGACAAGAUUGAAGAGAUCAAAGAAAAGAAAAAAUCUGUGGAACAGAGGUUCGAGCAGCUCAAAGCUCCUUUGCUCGAUCGUCAACGCCAGUUGGCCAAGAAGAAGGAGGCAUUCCAAUUCCGCCGCGACGUCGAGGAUGAGAAACUUUGGAUCCAUGAAAAGUUGCCUCUGGCGAGCAGCACUGACUACGGAAACUCGCUGUUCAACGUACAAAUGCUGCAAAAGAAGAACCAGUCGCUCAAGACUGAGACCGACAACCACGAGCCGAGAAUACUGACUGUCAUCUCCAAUGGACAGAAGCUGAUUGAUGAGGGCCAUGAGGAUUCGCCCGAGUUCAAGAGGCUUAUUGAUGAACUGUCUGCGAGGUGGCGAGAACUUAAAGACGCCAUCGAACAACGCAAGAACAACCUGGCCCAAUGGGAGAGAGCUCACCAGUACAUGUUCGACGCGAACGAAGCUGAGGCCUGGAUGAGCGAGCAGGAACUUUACAUGAUGGUCGAAGACCGUGGCAAGGAUGAGAUCUCGGCGCAGAAUUUAAUGAAGAAACACGAAGUUCUGGAGCAAGCCGUCGACGAUUACGCGCAGACCAUCCGACAGCUCGGAGAGACGGUUAGGCAACUCACCAGCGAGGAACAUCCUCUUAGCGAACAAAUCUCGGUGAAGCAGUCGCAAGUGGACAAGCUGUACGCCGGGCUGAAGGACCUGGCGGGCGAGCGGCGCGCGAAGCUGGACGAGGCGCUGCGGCUGUUCCAGCUGUCGCGCGAGGUGGACGACCUGGAGCAGUGGAUCACCGAGCGGGAGCUGGUCGCCUCCAGCCAGGAGCUGGGCCAGGACUACGACCACGUGACGCUGCUGUGGGAGCGCUUCAAGGAGUUCGCGCGCGAGACGCAGGCCGUGGGGUCGGAGCGCGUGGCCACGGCCGAGCGCAUCGCCGACCGCAUGAUCGCGUCGGGCCACUCCGACAACGCCACCAUCGCGCAGUGGAAGGAGGGGCUCAAGGAGACGUGGCAGGACCUGCUGGAGCUGAUCGAGACGCGCACGCAGAUGCUGGCCGCGUCGCGCGAGCUGCACAAGUACUUCCACGACUGCAAGGACGCGCUGCAGCGCGUGAGCGAGAAGGCGCGCGGCGUCAGCGACGAGCUGGGGCGGGACGCCAUCUCCGUGGGCGCGCUGCAGCGCAAGCACCACAACUUCAUGCAGGACCUGGGCACGCUGCAGCAGCAGGUGGAGGCCGUGGGCGCGGAGUGCGCGCGCCUGGGCGCGGCCUACGCCGGCGACAAGGCGGCCGAGAUCUCGCGCCGCGCCGCCGAGGUGGCCGACGCCUGGGCCGCGCUGCAGGCCGCCUGCGCCGCGCGCCGCCGGCGCCUGGAGGACGCCGACCGCCUGCAGCAGUUCCUGGGCCGCGUGCGCACGCUGGCGCUGUGGAUGGACGACGUGGUGCGCCAGAUGAACACGGGCGAGAAGCCGCGCGACGUCAGCGGCGUGGAGCUGCUCAUGAACAACCACCAGUCGCUCAAGGCCGAGAUCGACGCGCGCGAGGACUCCUUCUCGGCCUGCAUCGCGCUGGGCCGCGAGCUGCUGGCGCGCCAGCACUACGCCUCGGCCGACAUCAAGGAGAAGCUGCUGCAGCUCACCGACCAGCGCACCGCGCUGCUGCGCCGCUGGGAGGAGCGCUGGGAGAACCUGCAGCUCAUCCUGGAGGUGUACCAGUUCGCGCGCGACGCGGCGGUGGCCGAGGCCUGGCUCAUCGCGCAGGAGCCCUACCUGAUGUCGCAGGAGCUGGGCCACACCAUCGACGAGGUGGAGAGCCUCAUCAAGAAGCACGAGGCCUUCGAGAAGUCCGCCGCCGCGCAGGAGGACCGCUUCAGCGCGCUGCAGAGGCUUACCACCUUCGAGGUGAAGGAGAUGAAGCGAAGGCAAGAGGCGGCGGAGGCGGCCGAGCGCGAGAAGCGCGAGCGGGAGGCGGCCGAGGCCGCGGCCGCCGCGGCGCGCGACGCCGUCGACCGCGCGGGCUCGCCCGACCAGCCGCCGCCAGUCGUAAGGAGAACAUCCACUAAAGCGGCUGAGAAGGCCCAAGAACGACCGCAUUCCCAGCCAGCGCCCGGUUCGAGCUCGACGCCGGCGACGCCUUCGAGCUCCGGUAAGGUGAAGUCGCGAUCGCGCAGCAAGUCGCCCUUCAGAAGCUUCCGCUGGAAGGCCGCCAAGAGGCACAUCGCCGAAUCUCAUCACAGCGACGACGAAGAGGGCGCGAGUCCCGCGGGCGACGAUGAGGGCAUCGAAGGCAUGCUCGUCAGGAAACAUGAGUGGGAGUCCGCCGCCAAACGCGCUUCCAACAGAUCGUGGGAUAAAGUGUACGUGGUCGCCAAGGACGGGCGCAUGGCGUUCUACAAGGACCAGAAGUUUUACAAGACAUAUCCCGAGAACUGCUGGCGCGGCGAGACGCCACUCGACCUCAACGGCGCCGUGGUCGAGGUCGCCGCCAACUACACGAAGAAGAAGCACGUGUUCCGGCUGCGGCUGGCGUCGGGCGCCGAGUUCCUGCUGCAGGCGCACGACGAGGCGGAGAUGGCGUGGUGGCUGGACGCGCUGCGCACGCGCACGGCGGCGCCCGCGGCGCGCAGCCACACGCUGCCGGCGCCCAGCACCGAGCCCAAGCGCCGCUCCUUCUUCACGCUCAAGAAGAACUAAACCGCCGAGGAGCGCCCGACAGUUCGCCCGUACACGUUCUUCAUUACGCACCGAGCGGGUCCCCGCCGUACAACAAGUACGCACGUCUCGUCCUGUCGACGUAGCACGUCCGUACACGGUACCGGUCGACGGACGCCGCGCAUUUCUCACGACGCUUGCUGCCGUAAGCUUUGCUAAUGACGAAAUCGUGUCCGCCGCGGCGUACGGAUUGCUGCUAUGCAACCUUACCUGUAGUGCCAAACUGCGCUUUAGUAAGUCGUAGGCACUGAAUGCCUCCGGUGAGGUACCUUUCCCUAACAACAAUCCGUAGACGCCGAACGAUCGACUGUCGAAUGUUAUUAUUUUUGUUGCGUACAAACGUUAUUUAAGACUGUUCGGUAUUGAGUGUUGAGAUCGUUCGCCUUGGUCUGUACGAAUGUAUUUAUUGUUCGAUCGCUCGAUAAAUAUUAUUCAUUGACAAAUAUUACAUAAUACAUAGAGUAUAUUCCCCGAUAUGUACGGUCCCACCCCCGCGUAUAGUUGUUGUGAAGCGAUUAUUAAAUGAAAUACAUUAUUAUUAAAUUCUAAAUGCGAAUGCUAUUUAUGGUUUUAGUAUUUAAAUUCAAAUUGAAAAAUAUAUUUUAAUUAUUUAUAAAAAAAAUAUGAGAUAGUGUAAGACUCAGUUGAACUAGAAAUAUAUGUAUGUCGUUCGAUUCGCUAAUUCAAAACUUAGAUAUUUUAUUAUUAGAGUCUAUAAUAAUAAUUGACCAAUCAAUAAUAUCACGACGGAAUUUGAUUAUCGCAUUUGAUAUCUUUACUAAAAUGUAGCCGACGGAAUGUAACCGCAUUUACAAUAGUUGGUACCCCAGUGAUUGACGUUCUAGCGACGACUGCUUCUUUACCGAAGCGACGAUUCAGAUGUAAUUUAGCUACGUAAUUGAUCUAGAAUUAAUUUCCAUUAUAAAGUGUCUUCUUGGGGCGGCAGCGGCGCUGCGCGGUGCAGACGCGUCUCUCGGUUUGCCGAAAACCUUGUUAGAUUCCCUAUGUAUAAGGAAGUAGAGUAGAGGGCGCUGCGCUCGCAGCGUCGCCGCCGCUGCGUUAGCUAUCGGAGAUGUAAGUAUGCUUGAGCCUCGUAAGUGCUUGGAUAAAGUAACGUGUCUAUGAUCAUUUUAAUUAAUUAUUUUACUGCCAACAUUUCACAAAUUGUUAAUUUUUGUAAGCAAUACCUUCACCCUUAAUGUUACGGUCGAUCACACGUUUUGAGUUCUGUACUUUCUUAUGAUUAUUGUAUAGCGGUUUGGUGGAGCGAGUGUGAACGUGUGAGUGUCGGCGCCGGCCCGUGCUCGCGCCGGUCGUCCAUUCGCCUUGUACUGCCACGUUGUUUCACACUAAUAAUGCAUGUAAACCUUAUGUUUAAAUAUUUUAUUUUAAA